AAUAAAAGCAAGUGGAAUAAUGAGGUUUAAAAUCUUGGUGACUUCACGGAUUUAUCAUCAAUUGUUUAUCAUAAUUUUGUUAUUGAGAAAUUGUGUAUCGGGACAGAUUGAUUGGGCGGAGGAUGAUGAUGAUCCAGUUUCAACAGUAUCAGUAGAAGCAGUUCUCGGGAGAACAGCGACACUACCAUGCGAUAUUGAUCCCGGACCAGAAGCGCGUGAUGAUCGAGUAUAUAUGGUGCUAUGGUUUCGUGAAAGCGCGGGAAAGCCAUUGUAUAGUUUCGAUGUUCGCGGAAGAGCUUUCUCAAAAGCACUUUAUUGGUCGGACACAAACGCUUUUGGUCCGAGAGCUUAUUUUUUAACAGUAUCAAAACCAGCAACAUUAAGUGUAGAUAACGUGCAGCUCGACGAUGAAGGCGUUUAUCGCUGUCGAGUUGACUUUCAAAAUUCUCCUACGAGAAAUCAUCGUAUUAAUUUAACUGUUAUAGUUCCUCCCCAUCAAAUACUUGUCUAUGAUGCAUCUGGGAGAGAUGUUGCCGGCUCAGUCGGACCAUUAUUGGAAGACAAUAAUCUUGUUUUAACAUGUGAAGUGAGAGGUGGUCGUCCGGAGCCGACAGUGACAUGGUAUAGUGGGAUGACACCAUUGCAGACAGGCGGUGGUGUAUCGAUGGGCCGACAUGUCACAGUCAAUCGAUUAGAAAUUUCACAUGUAAAGCGUGAUGCGCUUAAUACAACUUACGUGUGCCAAGCAUCAAAUACAAAGCUAGUGCCGCCAGCUGAACGGACUGUACGGGUUGAGAUGUUAUUGAAACCAGUAUCAACAAGUAUAGCUCAUAAACCGAAACAGUUGGUGACGGAAAGCCAGAUAACUUUAUCAUGUGAAGUCGAGGGCUCUGUUCCGGACACUGAUAUAAAGUGGACCCAAAAUAAUCGAGCGUUUGAGCGUGGCACGAUAACAAACACAACUAAUGGUAGCGUAGUAAUAUCAACAUUAACCUUUUUACCAGUGCCAUCGGACGAUAAUACAAAACUCAAGUGUGAAGGAUCCAAUCCGAGGCUACCGAAUUCCGCUUUGGAGGACACAUUAAUAAUGAAUGUUUUGUAUCCACCAGAAGUGACGCUUACGCUUGGAUCAACACUUAAUCCCGAUGACAUCAAAGAAAAUGACGAUGUUUAUUUUGAGUGUAAUGUUAAGGCAAACCCAAGUACUGUCAGGAUAGCAUGGUCGCAUGAUGGCAUACCAGUUACACAAAACGUAUCAUGGGGUGUCAUCAUUUCGACAAGAUCAUUAGUAUUGCAACGAGUUGGGCGAAACCAUUCCGGAAUGUAUGCAUGUUCUGCUGCAAAUGACCGAGGAGAGACACAGAGUUCACUGGUGUCAUUAAGGGUUCACUAUGCACCAGUUUGUAUAUCAUCGAGCGUUACAAUUGUUGGUGCUUCAAUCGAUGAAUCAGUGACGAUUGCAUGUAGAAUUAGUGCCGAUCCACCAAAAGUUUCAUUCGAAUGGACAUUUUCGAACAGUGGCGAACGAUAUGAAGUGCCAUCCGGUCAUUAUACUACAAUUCAACAAAAUUUUAACGCAGACACAGAUCACAUUUAUCUUGAUGCUGAUGAAAAUGGGACUAAUGGCAAUGGUCUGAUAAUGGAAACAGUGAACGAAUUGAUUUAUACACCAAAAGGUGAACGAGAUUAUGGAACGUUGGCAUGUUGGGGUACAAAUUCUAUUGGGAAACAAGUUGAGCCCUGCUUAUUUCAAAUUGUUCCAGCCGCUAAACCUGCUCCGCUGCGUAAUUGUACUUUACGUCCUUAUUCAUCACCCUCGUCUGUAUCAGCAGCAACGGCAAUGUUAUCAAAUUCCUCUUCUUCCAAUUUGCCAUUUUACAGCGGCGGUAAUCAAAUUGUAAAUGGGGCCCAACAUUCAAAAGAAUUAAAUUACAUAACAACAGAAUACGUGAAAGAUAGAAAUCUCGUGGAUGAUAAGAGGAAAUCAUCAUCAAAUAUCUACCAUCAUCAGCAUCAACAGCAACAGCAUCAUCAAUUGUCAUCUUUAGAACGUAAGAAUAAUAAUGGAAAAAAUAUGAGCUUAUCAAGCACACAGCGAUAUAAUGCAGUGCAACAGCAACAGCAGCAGUAUCAGCAACAACAUAGGAACAAUACAAACAAUAUAAAUUUUAGUGAUAGUAAAAGCAACGAUCGAUAUAAAUCAAAUUUAAAAAAUAUAAAACGUCACACGACAUCAUCAUCGUUGCCAUCGUCGACGUUGCAUGAGUCAGGAAUGACAAUGGCACUAAGAAAUGAAAAUAAACGUGAAGUUGGUGCUAAUAGAUUGUAUUCGUCUUCUUUUAACGAAACAAGGCACGUAAAUUUUAAUAAGCGAGCAUCAGCAGCACAAAAAAAUAAUCAAUAUUCAACAGAUUCUGUUGAUACAUCAAUCUCAUACCUCCGUUCUUCAUCAUCCAUUUCAUCAUCGUCAAAAUAUCAUCAUGUGCCAUCAGCAAUCAACUCGCACGGUAGUUAUAAUAACCACAUUUCAAAUAGCAAUAAUAAUCCAUACGCUAACACUGUUCUUACCGAGACAGUCGAGCAGCCAACAUUAAUGGAAUUAGAGUGUAUUGCUGGAUUUGAUGGCGGUUUACCACAAUAUUUCUUCCUCGAAGCCUAUGACUCACGAACGAGGAAGUUACGAUUAAAUAUAACAAGUGCUCUUAAUGACGUACCAUUAUUUCGAAUUGAUUUAGCAGAUUUACUGCCAUCCGACUCUUAUACACCCACACUGCAUCUAGUCGCAUAUAGCGUGAAUCAAAAGGGACGCUCUGAGCCAACAGUGCUUGAAGACAUUGCCAUUAAUGAAGCGGAAAAAAGAACAGAUAGCGGAGACGAGAGUGGAUUGUUUCCAGUUGCAGCAUUAUUCACUGGAGCUCUUUUGACAAUUGGACUUGCAGUGCUUUUAAUUGUCUUUAUUGCGUUGCGUAAAAAUCGUGAACAAGUACAGACACAUGAUAAUGGAAUUAAAGAGAAGCACAUAGGUAUGGAUUUAACAGUGACAACCCCAUUAGAAAUGAAUGUUGGUCAGCAAAAGUAUGUUGUGGCAUAUACAUUAAAGCAAGGAACGGAGAAGCAACCAGACAUACUUAACGCACAAAAAUCACAAGAUAGCAUCGAUUCUGUACAUAAAAUGGGAUCACCGGCUGUUAUGAAGCCGGAUGGUCUAUUCUCAGCGACAUUGUCAUCAUCAUCAUCAUCGAAAAAUAUGAAAUCGAAUGAGCAGCAGCAUUCAACACCACCAAGUCAUCAUAGCACAUUAAAGUAUAAUGAUAAUGGCAGUAAAGGCUAUAUGGCACUUAAUCAAACAAUAGCAAGCAAUUACAGUGCAGCACAGCCGCCGUCAUAUUGUUCAACAAUGAUGAAUGAUUUUGAAACACCCCUAAAUUAUACAGUCAGUUAUAAUUCAACAUCUGGUACAUCAAACAUUUCCAAUUCAGGAUAUCACCACCACAAAAUGUCACCAGAUUAUAAUAAUUUAAAUAAUCUUUAUAGUGGCAGCACGAAUGGUGCCGCAACAUCAUCAUCAGUAGCUAACAAUACAAGUAAUCUUCAUUUAGGCAAUGAAUUAUUAGAAAAUUCUGAUGGUUUUCUUGACUUCGACAAGACACUAAUGGAUGGUAGCAGCAGUAGUCGAAGAUAUUGUACAGACACAGAUAGUGACUAUAAAUAUUCAAAAGAUCAAACAGCGAAUCAUCUUCAAUCGCAACAGCAACAACAACAACAUUUAUAUACCGGAUGUGAUUAUCCUACUAAUGACCCUACAGUCGAAUAUAAGAAUUUAGCCAAUCAAAUUGCAAAUACAAUAUCAAAUAUUAAUUCAACUCUAACGCGUAGUCGAAAUCGUAAUCAUAUCUUAACUGAUAAUUUACCUGGACCUGAAAGUUGCGUUUAAAGUUCUUCUUUUUUCAAGAAUUAUUUAAUUAAAGGAAUUUCUGGAUAGUCAACAGUUUCUAUCACAAGAUUUCAAGUAAGAAUG